GCAGCACUCACGUAACAUAAUCCGCGGGACGAUACGGGCGAGUCGCGAGCCUGCAUGUGUGCGGUGUCGACCACCGAGUGCCAUCGCGGGUACCGACGCGACCGCUCGUCCCGUUUACUCGUUCUCUACCGACCGGUAUAUAACACAAAGUACAAUAACUACGAGUUCCAGCGACUUGUUUCCCGCGUCUUUCGCCGUCGCCGCGGACAACUCGACCAUAGAAGUUCACAGUCAGGUCAAUCUAGCCAGGGCGCGCGGGUCAUUGCCGCAUUCUCAGCGCUCGAAUUAACAAUGUUUGGAGCAAAUGUGCUGGUGGUGGCAGCGGCGUGGUUCGUCUGCGUGAUGGUGUGGCACCCGCAGCGAUCAGGGGUGGACGCGGCCAACUACCGGGUGGUCUGGUCGACACCUCCGCACACCAGUACUGACAACACACCGUCACAUGUAACGAGUGAUCGUUCCAUAAAAAUAGUGGAUGAUGACUUCAUAUUGGACGGGCAGCCGCUGCACAUCAUCUCGGGUUCGCUACAUUACUUCAGAAUACCUGCCGCCUACUGGCUAGACCGAUUACAGAAAAUAAAGGCAGCCGGCUUCAAUUCCGUCGCUACCUACGUGGAAUGGAGCUACCACGAGCCGGAGCGGAGGCAGUACCGCUUCACCGGGGACUACGACGUGGAGCAGUUCGUACGCACCGCCGCCGCCGUGGGGCUGCACGUCCUCCUGCGCCCCGGACCCUACAUCUGCGCUGAGAGGGACUUGGGAGGCCUUCCUUACUGGUUAUUGAGCAAGUAUCCAAACAUAAAACUACGUACGACUGAUAAAGAUUUCAUUAAUGAAACUCAAAUAUGGAUGGCUAAACUGUUUGAACAAAUGACACCACUUCUGUACGGCAACGGUGGACCAAUUAUUUUAGUUCAGGUUGAGAACGAAUACGGUAGUUACAGCAACGAUAUGAAGUACAAGAUUCAAAUGCGCGACAUUAUCAAACACCACGUGGGCACGAGCGCUUUGUUGUACACCACAGACGGCAGCCCCGAACCCUACCCGCAAGCAGGAGCAGUGCCAGAUACCCUCACUACUGUGGACUUCGGAGUAGGUUACAACCUCAAUACGGUGUUCAUACCACUGCGGAAAGUUAUGCCUAAGGGUCCGUUGAUGAACUCAGAGUUCUAUCCUGGUUGGCUGACUCAUUGGACAGAACAGCUGCAGACAGUGGACAAGGUGAGGGUCGUCAACUCACUGCGAGACAUGCUGGACCGUAAGAUCAAUGUCAACAUGUACAUAUUCGUCGGAGGAACCAACUUCGAGUUCAGCGCAGGUGCCAACCAAAACCCCAGAUUCUCCGAAUACCUUCCUGACAUAACCUCGUACGACUACGAUGCACCAAUAAGUGAGGCUGGGGACCCUACACCGAAGUAUUAUGCUAUCCGUGAUUUAAUGAAACAGUACAAUCCUGACAUACGGAACCAGACCCCGCCAGUGCCAUCUCCUAAAGGGGCUUAUGGGGAAGUGACAUUCAGCCACCAGAUAGAGCUGCUUUCACCUGAGGGUCGUGAUGAACUAGGCAAAAGGUACCAAGACGUGAGUGGUUCUAUUCUGCCAACCUUCGAGGCCCUGGAGCAACGCGCUGGACUGGUGCUGUAUGAAAUUGACCUCCCAGCGAAUAUCACCAGUCGUUUGCUAGAAAUAAAGAAACCAUGCGACAGGGUAUACGUUUAUAUCGAUGGUAUAUUCGCAGGUCUAAUAAGCAGAUCGAGCCAGAUAACCAGCUUGCCUAUUCCAUCCUACUUACACCUACCUGGAUCCAAGUUGUCCUUGCUAGUUGAGAAUCAGGGACGAAUAAAUUUUGGAGGAUUUAUACAUGAUUUCAAGGGAAUUCGAAGCGAAGUGAAGCUGGGUAAUCACGUACUGAAGGGUAAAUGGAAAGUGACUGGAUAUCCGUUGGAAAUAAUUGACGUGGAGCCUCAAAACCCAAGUCAGGCGCGCCGGGGUGGCCCUGCCCUAUAUCGAGGAUACUUCAGGCUGCCUCAGGGAUCUGAACGUUUGGACACCUUUCUCGACACCACUGGAUGGACCAAGGGGUACGUGUGGGUGAAUGGACAUAACCUAGGCAGAUACUGGCCAGCGACAGGUCCACAAGUUACUCUUUACGUGCCUGGAGUAUGGCUGCACUCUUACCCAGCCGUCAAUACGAUAGAAAUACUGGAGUCAGAAGAGUUGAGCUGCGAGGUGGGGCCGCCGUGCAGCCUGGUGCUGGCAGAUGGCUCCGUGUUCCGAGGACGCAGCUUCGGCGCACGAGUGCCCACCGAGGGUGAAGUUGUAUUCCAGACUGGUAUGGUGGGCUACCCGGAGUCGCUGACGGAUCCAUCGUACCACGCGCAGCUCUUGGUGCUCACGUACCCGCUGGUCGGCAACUACGGCGUGCCUGAUGAGGAGGAUCGCGACGAACACGGAUUGCCGAGAUGGUUUGAAUCCAGUCGCAUUUGGGCAGCUGGAUUGAUAGUGGGGGAAGUAAGUACCCGGGCUUGCCAUUGGCGCGCGCGCCGGUCUCUGGGCGCAUGGCUGGCGGCCCGUGGCAUCCCGGGUGUGUGCGGUAUUGACACUCGCGCACUCACCUAUCGCCUGCGAGAAGGAGUAAUCCUGGGCCGCAUCAUACAAGGAGAACCUCCUUUCGGAAUCCUCCCGGCUUUGAAGGACCCAAACGAAAGAAACUUAGUGGCUGAAGUCUCUGUUAAGGAGACAAAAACGUUCAAUCCCAAUGGCGAAGUUACAAUAAUGGCCGUAGACUGUGGCUUAAAAUAUAACCAAAUUCGGUGCUUAAUCAAAAGAAACGCAAAGGUUAUCCUUGUGCCAUGGGACCACAAACUAGAUUCCAGCAAAUUCGAUGGCCUUUUUAUCAGUAACGGGCCUGGUGACCCUGAAGUAUGCAAGAAAGUUGUUGAUAACUUGAAGGAGAUCAUCAACAAGAAAGACAAUGUGAAACCAGUGUUCGGUAUCUGUCUUGGUCAUCAGUUAUUAUCUACAGCCGCUGGAUGUAAAACAUAUAAAACUAGCUAUGGUAACCGUGGCCACAAUUUACCAUGCACGCACAAUGGCACAAACAGGUGUUUCAUGACAUCUCAGAACCACGGAUUCGCCGUUGAUGACAAAACAUUACCAGAAGGGUGGAAAGUGUUAUUCACUAACGAAAACGACAAAACCAAUGAAGGCAUCAUUCACAAAUCUCUACCUUACUUCAGCGUUCAGUUCCAUCCUGAACAUACUGCAGGACCGACUGACCUGGAGUGUCUGUUUGAUAUUUUUAUAGAUUCUGUUAAGGCUUAUAAAAACAAACAAAACGUUGUAGUAGAUGAGAUGAUUACGAAGAAGCUUACAUUCGAACCAACUCUUCCAGAAAAGCCAAAGAAAGUACUCAUUCUUGGAUCGGGAGGUCUGUCUAUUGGUCAAGCCGGAGAAUUUGACUAUUCUGGAUCUCAAGGUGUUAAAGCCAUGCAGGAAGAAAAAAUCCAGACUGUACUUAUAAACCCCAAUAUCGCUACAGUUCAAACCUCUAAAGGCUUGGCUGACAAAGUCUAUUUCUUGCCUAUUACACCAGAAUAUGUCGAGCAAGUAAUUAAAGCAGAACGACCAACAGGAGUACUGCUCACUUUUGGGGGCCAAACUGCAUUGAAUUGUGGUGUAGAGCUGCAAAAGUCAAAAGUAUUCGAAAAAUAUAACGUGAAUGUUCUAGGAACUCCAAUACAAUCUAUCGUAGAUACUGAAGACAGAAAAAUAUUUGCUGAAAAGAUCAACGCGAUUGGCGAAAAAGUGGCUCCUAGUGCCGCAGUGUCUUCGGUAGAAGAAGCUUUAGCAGCUGCGAACCAGAUUGGAUAUCCUGUGAUGGCUCGAUCUGCUUUUUCACUUGGAGGUUUAGGAUCAGGAUUUGCAAAUAACGAAGAAGAACUCAGAUCUCUUGCUCAUCAGGCACUGUCACACUCUGAUCAGCUAAUUAUUGACAAAUCUUUGAAAGGAUGGAAAGAAGUGGAAUAUGAAGUCGUCAGGGAUGCAUAUGACAACUGUAUCACUGUAUGUAAUAUGGAAAAUGUAGACCCUCUAGGAAUACAUACAGGAGAAUCCAUAGUCGUUGCGCCAAGUCAAACAUUGUCGAACCGUGAAUACUACAUGCUCCGAAAUACAGCUAUAAAAGUUAUAAGACAUUUUGGCAUUGUUGGAGAGUGCAACAUUCAGUACGCCCUUAAUCCGAACUCGGAAGAAUUUUACAUAAUUGAAGUGAACGCUAGACUUUCCAGAAGUUCUGCGUUAGCAAGUAAGGCCACAGGUUAUCCAUUAGCAUACGUAGCGGCAAAAUUAGCUCUUGGAAAACCCUUACCCGAAAUUAAAAACUCGGUUACUGGAGUUACUACAGCGUGUUUUGAACCAAGUUUGGAUUACUGUGUUGUCAAAAUACCAAGAUGGGAUUUAGCUAAAUUCAAUAGAGUAAGCACCAAAAUUGGAAGUUCCAUGAAGAGUGUGGGUGAAGUUAUGGCCAUUGGUAGAAGUUUUGAAGAAGCUUUCCAAAAAGCACUACGCAUGGUUGAUGAAAACGUGAAUGGAUUUGAUCCAAAUGUUAAAGAAGUAAACGAAAAUGAAUUGAGAGAACCCACGGACAAAAGAAUGUUUGUCUUAGCUGCGGCACUUCGAAAAGGAUAUACCGUUGAAAAACUUUAUGAGCUCACAAAAAUUGAUCACUGGUUUCUUGAAAAAUUCAAGAACAUAAUAGAUUAUUAUAAAACUUUGGAAGCCGUUGAUUCAGCAUCGAUUACUUCGGAAAUAUUAAAGAAAGCCAAGCAAAUUGGGUUUUCUGAUAAACAAAUUGCUGCUGCGAUCAAAAGUACCGAACUGGCUGUGAGAAAAUUGAGAGAGGAAUAUAAGAUCAAUCCAUUUGUGAAACAGAUAGACACCGUUGCGGCAGAGUGGCCUGCAACAACAAAUUAUUUGUAUAUGACAUAUAACGGUAUAUCACACGAUUUAGAUUUUCCAGGAGAUUUUACAAUGGUGUUAGGAUCAGGGGUAUAUCGGAUAGGGAGCUCAGUUGAAUUUGAUUGGUGUGCUGUGGGCUGUUUAAGAGAACUUAGAAAUCAAGGCAGAAAAACAAUCAUGGUAAAUUAUAAUCCUGAAACGGUUAGUACUGACUAUGAUAUGAGCGAUAGAUUAUAUUUUGAAGAAAUUUCUUUUGAAGUUGUCAUGGAUAUUUACAAGCUUGAGCACCCCAAUGGAGUUGUUCUUUCUAUGGGAGGUCAACUGCCCAAUAAUAUAGCCAUGGACCUGCACAGGCAACAAGCAGUUAUACUGGGAACGUCUCCGGACAUGAUUGACAAUGCCGAAAACAGAUUUAAAUUUUCAAGGAUGUUGGAUCGUAAAGGUAUUCUUCAACCGAAAUGGAAGGAACUUACAAAUCUCGAAUCUGCUAUAAACUUCUGUGAGGAAGUAGGAUAUCCUUGUUUGGUUCGACCUUCUUAUGUCUUGAGUGGAGCAGCUAUGAAUGUGGCAAACUCAAACCAAGAUCUAGAGGCAUACUUGAAGUCUGCAAGUGAAGUAAGUAAAGAUCACCCUGUGGUCAUAUCAAAAUUUAUCAUGGAUGCUAAAGAGAUUGACAUUGAUGCAGUCGCUGCUGAUGGAGUCAUAUUAUGUAUGGCUGUUUCUGAACAUGUUGAAAACGCUGGGGUGCAUUCUGGUGAUGCCACACUUGUCACUCCACCUCAAGAUAUUAACAACGAGACCUUGGAUAAAAUAAAAGAAAUUGCUAGAAUAAUAGCUGAAACGCUUGAUGUUACUGGUCCCUUUAAUAUGCAAUUGAUAGCAAAGGACAAUGAGCUCAAAGUAAUAGAAUGCAAUAUAAGAGUCUCCAGGUCGUUUCCUUUUGUGUCUAAGACACUUGAUCACGACUUUGUUGCAAUGGCAACUAAGGUGGUAUUAGGUAUACCUGUAGAGCCAGUAGAUGUCAUGACUGGUUGCGGUAAAGUGGGAGUGAAGGUUCCCCAAUUCUCAUUUUCAAGAUUGGCAGGCGCUGACGUUACCUUAGGAGUGGAAAUGGCAUCAACGGGAGAAGUCGCAUGCUUUGGUGAAAACCGUUACGAAGCUUAUUUAAAAUCCCUAAUGAGCACUGGGUUUAGGAUACCCAAAAAAGCCAUAUUGCUGUCUGUUGGCACAUUCAAGCACAAAAUGGAAUUACUUCCAAUUGUGAGAAUACUACAACGAAUGGGCUACAAGCUUUACGCAAGUAUGGGCACAGGUGACUUUUACACCGAACACGGAAUCGAAGUCGAGAGUGUACAAUGGACAUUUGACCACAUCGGAGAUCCCGAAGACGCCAGAUCAGACGGUGAACUUAUGCACCUCGCUGACUUUAUGGCUCGACGUCAACUAGACCUGGUGAUCAAUCUACCAAUGCGGGGAGGAGCUCGUCGGGUGUCUUCCUUCACUACACAUGGAUACAGAACUCGCCGAUUAGCUGUAGAUUAUGCAGUACCUUUGGUCACGGACGUGAAAUGUGCAAAACUUUUAGUUCAGGCCAUGCUUCGAUGCGGAGGGGCACCUCAUAUGAAAACACAUACAGACUGCAUGACUUCACGAAAUAUUAUUAAAUUGCCCGGAUUUAUUGAUGUACACGUUCAUGUUCGCGAGCCUGGUGCUACAUAUAAAGAAGACUUUGACUCCUGUACAGCAGCUGCCCUUGCUGGUGGAGUAACAAUGAUUUGCGCUAUGCCUAACACAAAUCCUCCAUUGAUAGAUCGCACGGCAUAUGAUUAUGUGUCGACACUCGCUCGAGUAAGUGCACGAUGUGACUAUGCUCUGUAUGUUGGAGCAUCUUCGACUAAUUGUGAAACUGCGUGUGAUCUCGCACCUCAAGCUGCAUCUUUAAAAAUGUAUCUUAAUCAAACAUUUACUACACUGCAAUUAGAUGACAUGACUAUAUGGCAACGUCAUCUUCAAAACUGGCCAAAGAAAAUACCAGUAUGUUGCCACGCAGAGCGUGAAAAGACAGGAGCAGUAAUUCUGAUGGCAUCUUUACUAGAUAGGCCUGUGCAUAUUUGUCAUGUCGCUAGGAAAGAGGAAAUUCUUAUUAUCAAGGCUGCUAAAGAGCGAGGGCUAAAAGUGACCUGUGAAGUAUGUCCUCAUCACUUAUUUUUAAGCACAUCAGACGUUGACCGAGUUGGAGAAGGACGGGCUGAAGUACGUCCAGUUCUUUGCAGUCCUGAAGACCAAGCUGAACUGUGGAAAAAUAUGGACAUCAUCGAUGUUUUUGCAACAGAUCAUGCUCCUCAUACAGUGGAAGAGAAAAACGCGGAUAAACCUCCACCAGGAUUUCCGGGAUUAGAAACGAUAUUACCAUUACUUCUUAAUGCAGUACACCAAGGACGCCUCACCAUUGAGGAUAUCAUCAACAAAUUCCACAGAAACCCCCGAAAAAUUUUCAAUUUACCUGAGCAGCCUAAUACGUAUGUGGAAGUUGACAUGGAUUACGAAUGGAAAAUUCCGUCAUCAAUGGAGUUCACAAAAUCCAAAUGGACUCCAUUUGCUGGUAUGAAUGUCUGUGGAGCAAUUCACCGUGUAACUCUUCGAGGUGAAAUUGCUUAUGUAGAAGGUCAGAUUUUAGUACCUCCUGGAUUUGGACAAAACGUUCGAGAUUGGCCUACUCCAAAAAAACAGUCAUUCCCAGUUUACGCUAUUGAGAAAACUGAAAAAGAAAUUACCAGUAGACCUAACUCAGCACUAGAUUUCCAUACUUCUGGUGAUGCCAGUCGUCUAAGUGAUAUUGAAUUUGAUCAAAUCGAAUCAAACAAAACUGAUGGAACGAGUAAAUUAAAUGUUCACUUCAACGAUACAGCAGCACUCAGAAGCAUGUCGCCAUUACCUCCACAAACAACCACGAGGCAACGAUGUGACAGCACCUCUUAUUACAACCCUCCUCAGCAAUCGGGCACUCAGCGUCAACGUAGUGACCUGUUUGGAAAAAGUAUCCUCACUGUUGCUACAUUCACAAAAGACACACUUAAUGACAUAUUUAACUUGGCCCAAUUUAUGAAGACGUGUGUGAGCAAAGGUAGAAACCUAGACGACAUCUUACGAGGGAAAGUUAUGGCAUCCAUAUUUUACGAAGUCAGUACGCGAACAAGUUGUAGCUUUGCAGCAGCUAUGCAAAGGCUCGGAGGCUCUGUUAUUCAUACUGAUGCCACAAGUUCGUCGGCUAAAAAAGGAGAAACGUUAGAAGACAGCGUGGCGGUGUUAGCCAGCUACUCCGAUGUUGUUGUACUGCGUCAUCCCGAGCCAGGCGCGGUUGCGAAAGCAUCUCGACACUGCCGCAAGCCGAUUAUAAAUGCAGGAGAUGGCAUUGGUGAACAUCCUACCCAAGCGUUACUUGAUGUAUUCACUAUUCGAGAGGAGAUUGGUACAGUAAAUGGCCUUACCAUCACAAUGGUUGGAGAUCUGAAGAACGGUCGCACCGUUCAUUCUCUCGCUCGCCUCCUCACCCUAUACCAAGUCCAACUUCAAUAUGUGAGUCCGCCAGGACUUGGCAUGCCAAAACAUAUCAUGGAAUAUAUAGCCAGCACAGGAACUCCACAAAAAGUUUUCGAGCGGCUAGAAGAUGUUCUUGCAGAUACCCAUGUCCUAUACAUGACAAGAAUUCAACGUGAAAGAUUUGCUAGCCAGGAGGAAUAUGAAAAGACGCGUGGCUUACUGGUGGUGACGCCGCAACUGAUGACGCGUGCGCGGCGCCGCAUGGUGGUACUCCACCCCUUGCCACGAGUCGACGAGAUCUCCCCAGACUUCGACUCAGACCCUCGGGCCGCCUACUUCAGACAAGCGGAGUACGGAAUGUACGUCCGAAUGGCGUUACUUGCCAUGGUUGCCGGCGUCAACCCUCUCAUAUAAGUGGAUCUUCCAAAAGCUAUAAAAUCCUUAAUCUCUCCACACACAGAGGCGGUAGCGCAAGCGUUGCGAGUUGGCGAGUCGGAGUUACUAAUAAAACGGGGCGUAUAUCUCUGUGUGAACGCGUGCUUACGAACUCAAAUAUUACAAAAUAUUCCUGGCCGCAUCUGUGUGUUUUAGAUUAAUUGUAUAAUUGACAAAUUAGGAAGCGAUCCUAGUAUAUGUAUAUAAUACAUAAUACUAAUGUAAUGAAUCAUAAUGUGAUGUAUCUAUUCGUAGAUCGUAUAGAAAAAUAUAAAUAAUCGAAUCAUCUAGACAUAGGUUUCCAAGGCCCAAUGUCAACAGAUAACGAAAAUAGUAAAAUAGAUAAUACAAACAUACUGACCUAUCUUAAUAAUUGAUUUAAUGUGAUAAAAUUGAUAAUAUUAGAAGACAAUAAAUCGGAAUGUAAACAAAUAGGUAUAUAAACUCGUCCAUGAGAGAUUAUGGAAUCAUUAACGGGCCGAGCUUACAGCUUAUCAGAAGAAUAGAAUAGAAAUGUUUUAUUGCGACCAUGUGUUUGUACAAAUUGUGGUGUUAUAAAAAUACAGAAGUAAGUAUUAUAGUAUCAUCAUGGACCCGGUAGCGGCACUGCAACUGGUAGAGAGGACAACAUAGUUAAUUAUUAGUCAGUGAUACAAUUUAUAUUUAUCAUACUUACUAUAUUUUAACAAUAUUAUUGUACUAUUAUGUUAAGUAUUGUUUUAUGUGUUUAUUAUGAUUUAAUUUUUAAAAUGUUACUUAUUAAAAAUUAAUAUUUGUAGCUGUAAGUGCGAAAAUUCUAGGUCAGCCACUUUUGAUACGAAGUUAUGAAGAUGUAAGCUGUUGCGCCUUUUUACUGCCGGAAUCGGCACAUCACUGCUGCUGCAGCAGUGAUGUGCCGAUUCCGGGAAUAUUCCCGGCAGUAAAAAGGCGCAAAACUUAUGUAAAAUGUGCCUGUAAUAUUACCUAACCUUUAUGCAGAUAAGACCAGAGUACAAGAGAGAACAAUUUGGAUAAGAAAAACAGCCAGUGUCGUUACUAUAAAAGUUUCUACAACGGGAACAUUCCCACUUUGGGAACAUUCCCGGGAACGACUCACUGGGUAAUGACGCUUGGUGAAAGGCAAUCAGCAGUAAUAAGUGAUGAAGUGGUGAACCGGUGUAGGACCAACCAUGGAAAGUCAAACCAUCACCUACAUAAAUGGGGCUUAAAGGAGUCGCCAUACUGUGAAUGUGGUCACCCGGAUCAAACCAUAUCUCACAUAGUGAACGAGUGCCCUCUGCACCAGUUCCCAGGUGGUAUAGCCGAGCUGUAUUGUGUGACGGAUGCAGCAGAGACUUAUUUUAUUUUUGUAUGCCAUACGCAAUAAUAAUAAAAGCAGUAAUAAGGACUAAUAGUCCAUUAUCAACACAAUCCCUCUCGAUUAAUACCAGUUUCGGUGUUAUUUGUAGUGUUGAAAAACUAAGCAAUUUUUAUAGAAGAAAUAAUUGAAUAUGUUCUUUAUUUAAAUAGAUGAAUACCCGAAGAAAAAUGUCCGCCUUAGAAAAAAAUAAACAGCUACACCUACAAUGUACAUCUUUACUCCAAGGGUUAUAAAACUACUUUUGUUAUUAUAAUCAUUUUUUAAUAUAAGUACAGUACAGUACAAAUAUAAAUAUAUACAAGUAUACAUAUGCCAUAUUAAGUAAUUAAUACAUUGGUUAAUAUCAUAUUAUCAUAUACUUGUUGCCACAUACCAACGUUUCGCGUCUAAGUGUCCACUAAUACGAUUUUUUUAGUAUACCUACCUAUUUUAAUAGGUAUUACAUAAAACGUAAAACAUCUUAGGGAACUCCUUUAGCAUUUACUACGGUUACAUUCCUAAAAGUAUACGACAAGUGAUCAUUAUUAUUUAAAAUGAUUUUCGUAAUUAAAACCUGUGUAUAUUAUACAUAUAAUAUACUGUAUUUUAUUCUCA